UUCAGGCGAGUCCCUUUUGGCGCGAGAGCCGGGCCUGGCGUCUGGUGGUACCGGAUAACCGCCGUUUCCCAGCUCGCGUUGUUGGCGGGUUCCUUUCUCGGGUAGCCAGCAGCUGCAUUUUCACGCGGCGUUCUGCUUGAGACCGAGCGGAGGCCUGGCUGUACCUGGGGAGACAGUGAGAGACCCGGCUGGAGAGGCCCGACCGGAGCUCCCAGGGCUCCGCACCGCAGGCUCAGACCCGGCCCGAGGGGCGAGGCUGGAGAGAAGGGCCAGCCCGGGAGCAGUCAGCGCAGGCCGGCAGAACGGGGCCGCCGCCGCAGGGAAGCGCCACUGACGCUCAAACUGCUGGGAGGCGGUGGCGCGAGGUGGGACCCAAAUGCUGGAGGAAGGAGAGCUACCUUCUCCAGAUGCUGCCCGCCCCAAAGAGGAAAGCACAAGAGAUGUAGCAAUGACAGCUCGUCUCCUCACCGCUGGGCCCCAUGGACCCACGGCCUUCGGCAGCAUGACUGCUGCUUUUACCCAGGAGGGAUGGCGGCACCUGGUCCCUGCUCUGAGGGACAGGUUCAAGGAGGGGAUACUGGAAAAGUCCAGGAACCUGGUCCUACUGGGACUUCCAGUUUCCCAGCCUGGCAUGAACCCCCAGCUGGAAGAAAGGGGAGACUCGUGGAUGCUGGAGGGAGGAAGCCUAAGGGCUGUCCAGGCAGACUGGAAGAUUAUAUCUGAAUCACCACCCAAGCGAGACAUUUCUGAAGACUCUUUCCAAGACCCAGGUGUAGAGAUGCCCCCUGGGGAGUCAGAUCACAGGACUAGUGAACUGGGGAGGAGCUUCAAUCUGAGACCAGUCCUUUCUCCACAGCAGGGAGUUCCUACAGAAGUAAGACCCCAUAAAUGGGAAACACAUACAAAGAGCUUCAGGAGAAACUCAGAUAUAAUUAAACCUCACAGAGCGAAACCAUACACAUGUAAUGAAUGUGGCAAAGCCUUCAGUUACUGCUCUUCUCUUUCUCAGCAUCAGAAGAGCCACACUGGGGAGAAGCCUUAUGAGUGCAAUGAAUGUGGGAAGGCCUUCAGCCAGAGCUCAUCUCUUAUUCAGCACCAGAGGAUUCACACCGGAGAGAAACCUUAUAAAUGCAGUGAAUGCGGAAGGGCCUUCAGUCAGAAUGCAAACCUCACAAAACACCAGCGAACUCAUACCGGAGAAAAGCCCUACAAGUGUACUGAGUGUGAGAAAGCCUUCAGUGACUGUUCAGCCCUAGUUCAGCACCAGCGAAUUCACACUGGAGAGAAGCCCUAUGAAUGCAGUGACUGUGGGAAGGCCUUCCGUCACAGUGCCAAUCUUACGAACCACCAGAGGACCCACACAGGGGAGAAGCCCUACAAAUGCAGUGAGUGUGGGAAGGCCUUCAGUUACUGUGCAGCGUUUAUUCAGCAUCAGAGAAUCCACACAGGGGAGAAACCCUACAAGUGUAACACAUGUGGCAAAGCCUUCAGCCAGAGUGCAAACCUUACCAACCAUCAGAGGACUCACACUGGAGAGAGACCCUACAAAUGCAGAGAGUGUGGGAAGGCCUUCAGCCAAAGUACAAAUCUCAUCAUCCACCAAAAGACUCACACUGGGGAGAAGCCAUACAAGUGUAAUGAAUGUGGGAAGUUCUUCAGUGAGAGCUCAGCCCUUAUUAGACAUCAUAUAAUUCACACAGGAGAAAAACCCUACGAGUGCAGUGAAUGUGGAAGAGCGUUUAACCAGAGCUCAUCUCUCAGUCAGCAUCAGAGAAUUCACUCUGGGGUGAAACCCUACCAAUGUAGGGAGUGUGGGAAGGCCUUCAGGUGUAGUUCAGCUUUCAUUAGACAUCAGAGACUUCAUGUGGGAGAGUAACUGGGAACCUGACCAAAGUGGACAGGGACCUGACAGGUGAAUGCAGGUAGUUUGAGAAGAUCUGGAGACAUCUUAGUCUAGCCCAAAGCCACAUGCAGAAGCACCUUUAAUAAAGUUCCCAUUUUACCCGUUG